AUGGGUCUUACCAAAAUAUUGUCAAUAAUUAUAGUGAUUCAAGUUGCCAUAGCUCACAAGAUUGCUAAAAAAGGAGAAUUUUCGUUUAUGAUAUCUGUUCAAAAAUCGCACAGGCAUGUAUGUAGUGGUGUACUCAUCAGAGAGAACUAUGCUUUGACGGCCGCUAGCUGUGUAUCAGAUAAUAUUACUCAGUACUCCAUCAAGGUUGGUGCACUCAUGACUUACGAUGAUAGUUAUGGUGUGCAGAUCAUUUCAAUUGCCAGGAUUAUUAUUCAUCCAGGGUAUGGGCCGAGUAACACAUCCAUGCAUGACAUAGCUAUUUUGCAGUGGAAACCAAAAUCCAAUCGAUACACGAUUAUCAAUUUGCCUCAGCCCAAUGAAAGUGUCAACGUAAUGAAAAAAAGUAGGAUCAUUAAUUACAGAAUGUGUGAAUUAAAAGAAUUCGAGGUUGACCGACUGAAGUAUUUUAUAGCUUUUGCAAUAAGAAAUAAAAAAUGUGCAGCUAAAUUGAGAAAACGAAAUAAUCUAUAUGCACAGAAGAGGAUUAACGAAACAGCUACUGCACUGCAUAAAUCGCUGUUCUGUGCCACUGGAAAGAAAAAAGUUUUAUAUUAUACAAUUGAGGGCGAUUUUGGUUAUCCUUUGAUCCAACAGUAUAAAAAAAAGCCUGUAUUGGUUGGACUUGCUUCUGCAGUUUCGCCUCAUAAUCGAAGAGUCAAACACUUUAUUUUCACUCAAAUUUCAUUACAUGUCAAUUGGAUUAACAAGGCAAUCAAUUCUGAUCAUUAA